CCAAAAGAUAUAUCGACAAAUCUUCUGAUUUAGGAGCUGUGUUGAGGGUUUGCCAACAUACUUCUUUUCUUUUACUUUUAAGAAAGCGCUGUUUGUUACUUUGCUUCCAUUCACUUUGUGACUCUGUUUGUGAAAUCGCGACUCGCGACUUCUCCCACCUUCACUCGACCACCAACUCGUCAACCAGCGUCAUCAAAGACCAUCCACUCCAGCUCGCUUUCCAUCAAAAAAUGGCUGCCAUUGGCACUGAUGAUGCCGCGACCGUCUUAGAUCAAUUCUGUCACGACGUCGCAAACUUGCCGGCAGAAAUAGCUCAUUUACUGGAAGAAAUCCAAGCAAAAGAUCAACACAUCCAAGAUUUGCGCGAUGUCAUCAAUUCUCGCGACAAGUCAAUACAAAAUUUCGUCAGAGCUCAGGGCGGCCAUGUCAAGAAUCCCAAGGAAGAUGGCCUCAGUAAAGUCAUCAUGGCGAAUUUUGAUCGCAUCGAGAUUCUGCAGGCUGAGAAACUGGGUCUAAGUGAGAAGGCCUUGAGAUUGCUUGACCGAAAUGUGAGAAGGUUUGACGUCAAGUUGCGCGAUCUUGUAAACAGCGAACAAAUGCCUCCGGACCCGACAUUGCCGUCCUUGUUACAGCCUGAAGCAGGUAGCGUUGCCACGAGCAAUGCCCCAACAGGUGCUAUGGCUAUCAAUUCGGCCCAAUCUGGUGGUGCGCCUAACAUUGCGAAUGCCGCCAUGGCUCGCAUGGCAGCUGUUAACGCACGAACAUCAUCGCCUCUGAACGCACAGAAUGCCCUACUCAGCCAACCGCAUCUCAACAGUCCAUCAGCGAGGUCACAGCGAGAAAGCAGCGCCGAUGCAAACAAAAGACGUCGUCUCAAUAGUUCUAUGACUGGUAAUAUCCCUACUACAGCUUCUUCACUCAGGCAAUCGUCACUUGGCCCAUCCACUGGAACUCCCAAGGCCGGUACACCCAUCCCCAGUUCAAGUCGUGCUGGAUCUGCCCAACCUAACAAGAAGGCACCACAUAACAAGAAGAUUGCGCCACAUCAAGCAUCGGCUCCUGGUUCGAAUAGAAAACGCAUCAGGUCCGGUAAUGCAGCCUUGAAGAAGGGAGAUCGCAAGCGUCAUCUCACAUCACCAACACCCUCCUCAUCACGAGGCAGUGUCAGUCCGACACCAUCAACGCUGCCAAUAGGAAUUGACGGCACUGUGGAAUCUCGGUCAAGACUGCGCGGUACACGUGCGGCUUCUGCUGUCUCCGACGAAGAGGGUGAAGACGCUGAACCUGAUGCUGAGGGAGAAGAAGACGACACUCAAGUCUAUUGUGUCUGUCAGCGCGUGUCAUUCGGUGACAUGGUUGCCUGCGACAACGACGACUGUCCUCAUCAAUGGUUCCACUGGGGUUGUGUCGACCUCAAAGCGGAACCAAAGGGCGAAUGGCUAUGUCCGCAUUGUCGUGAGCUUCCUCGCAGCAAGAUUGUGAAGACUUCAGAUAAAUGAUUGAUAGUGGCAAAGGGAGGCCAAUAGCGUAAUACGUCCUACAGUAACGAUCAGAUGUUCUUCUCGAGCCCGCGUUUCCUUCUGCGGUCUUGUUAUGUGAUAUCAGAUCUACCAAGCAUAACGUACAUCCAGCUUAUUAAAUUCUCUCAUGGAUUAAAUGCUGUCAUACCGAGC